AUGCUCUCACAUCUGCGCACACAGGUGUACGACCUGGCCGCCGACGGCGGCAACGCGCUGGUGGAGAUCAGCGCCCACAAGGCGCCCCUCGCCGCCAUCGCGUGGAGCCAGGACGGCAGCCUGCUGGCCACGGCUUCCAGCACGGGCACCGUCGUGCGCGUCCACGCGAUCCAGCCGGGCGCCAGCCGCAUAUUCAGCUUCCGCCGCGGCUCCACGGCGGCGACGGUCCACUGCCUGGCGUUCAGCCCGCCGGGCGUGGAGCCGCGGCUGCUGGCGGCGGCGAGCAGCCACGGGACGGUGCACCUGUUCCGGCUGGAGGCGGCGGAGCGGCACCCCGCUAUGGCAGCGGCGUCGAUGGCGGCGGGGCUGCUGUCGGCGGUCGUCAAGCUGCCGGUGACUGACAUGGUGGACCCUGUGCGCAACAUUGCGACCGUUCGGCUGCCUUGCCACGGCGCGGCCAGCAUCUGCGCGCUGCAGAGGCCGAGCAGCGGCGGCGGGGAAGGGGGCGGCGCGUCCACGGGCAGCCUGUCGGCCUCGCACGCUUUCGGGGGCGCGAUAUCUCUGCUUGUGGCGACGUCAGAGGGCCUUCUCUACGAUUAUGCAAUAGAGGAAACGCUGGUGGCCUCUGACGAGCGGCGCAAGUUCAAUGGCCCGCUGCCUCCCACGGGCGUCAAAAACACACAGCUCGUCACAAUCAAGGAAGGCAAGCUGUGGGCACUGCGGCAGGAUUUCCCAGAGGAGGGUGCCAAGUCCAUCUGCCUGAACUGCUCUGUGGCAAAGCUUCAGAGCGGCGGCCUGCUGGUCUACGCCCCCGUGGCGCCAACCCCGGAGAUGCUGGACCAGGUGGCCUCCCUGCCCGGCAGGGUGGAGCACAUAGUGGCGCCAUCCCUGUCGCCGGAGCACUGGCUCUACGUCAACGCCUUUGCCAGCCAUCACCCCGACGCGACCGUUUGGGUGUGCCCCGGUCUGACCGAGGUCAACCUGCCGGGCAUCGGCGACGCCAAGAUCUCGGCUGGCCCCAAUGUCAAGGAGAUUGGCCCCGCCAUGACGCAGGCCCUGGGGGACGAGGUCGACUUCGCCCUGUUCGUCGGGCCCCUCGGCCUGUUCAAGGAGGCCGUGCUCUGCGCCAAGCACGCGGGCGCGGUCUUCAGCGGCGACCUGUUCUUCGGGGCGUUCGAGGAGGAGGGGAUGCCGACGCCGCUGCAGCGGAAAAUCGGGGACCUGGUGGGGAUCCGGAAGCGCGUCGGCUGCCCCGUCGCCUUCCUGCAGAUGCUGCUGAAGCGCGACGCGGCGCGGGAGUGGCUGGGCAAGGUCAGCGGCUGGGAGUUUGACACCGUGACUGGGGGGCACCUGAGCGCGGGCAUCAACGCGGAGCGGUACGGCGUGGACGCGCGCGCGUCGCUGCUGGAGAGUUUCAAGUUUGUUCUGUGA